CGAAAACGUUUUAAGCUAUUCCGAAAUAAGGAGCAAAAGCAAAAUAAUUAAAAAAUAAAUAAAUAUAAUGGAAAAUUUUCGAUUCUGUCGCGUAACAUUUAUAAUAAUUCUAAUAAUGUUAACAAUAAUAAAUACAAUUGAAACCAAAUCCUUAAAUACAUUUCCACCUCUAUAUAAUUUUGAUGAUUAUGAUGCCUGUCUCAAGGGUAAAACUUCAGGAUUUGAAUCCACCUACUGUAUGGUUUAUGCCGAAAUACGACCACAAAAUUCUUCCGAAUUAUGGAGACAAAUUUCUCAACACACUGAUGAAUAUAAAUUUCAUUUUAGACGUGAUCGUCUAUUUUUUGGAGUUUGUAUGGAACGUUUGUAAAAAUUUGAUGCUGGAUAAUAAUUACCAAUAUAAUGAUAGUAGAUUGGCAAAUAAGAUUACCCAAUUUUUCGAUGUGAUCCAUAAACGACCGCUUGAUCUACAAAUGCGCUCUGAAUACCAUGAAUUAGUUCAUAACUGCUUAAAUUCAGAUUUUCAAGAGAAAUAUGGAUUAGACCUAAGAAUCUACAUUGAGUAUUGUGAGAGAUCUGAGGAAACCCUUGAAAAAGAUAUGGUGGAGAAAGUCCUUUACAAAUUUCUACAAAUAAUUAUAAUUCUUAAUAUUUUAUCUACUCUCUACGACUCACGUUUAAAAAAACAACAACCUGCGGAUUUUCAAAAUGACGAUUAUUAUAAAGUGAAUCCUCAACAGUCAG